AUGGGCAACUCGAAUUCCUCACGAAAGCAGACCCCCAAGAAAUCGAAAUCCAGUCGCAGGCUCAACUCCAAGAGGUCGCAGAUAACCUCGGAGCCUGGCGAAUCUUCUCGAACCGAUACCUACGCUCAAUAUUUUCAUUUGCCAAAAAAUUCCGAUGACCUCGACAGGAUGCAGUUCAUGCAUUUCCUGAUGAAUCACGUCUGGGGUACGCACUUUUCGUCACCGAUCGAACAACUUCUAAAGACGGUGAAUAAUUUUGUAACAUCAACGGGUGCAAAUGUAUACAUCACACAGCGCCUCGAGUCGCUGCUUUCCUCGACGAUAUCGACGCCUCCUUCCACCACGUCGAGUCGGGCGAGUUCAUUCUCCACCAAUUGUUCAACCUCUUCGCAUAGCCUCUUGACAACAUCCGUUCACGAUUUAUAUCCAUCAUCCACCUUGGUAACUCUGAACCCUUCAUUCAAUCAUUCCUCGAUAUCCCUCACCAACGUCAGGUCUGACUACAGGUGCAUUCCUGUGGGAAAAUUGGGCGGGAAGACGGGUGUUAUUUACGAAGAUUUACUCAACAUGUACUUUUCCAACACCGUCGCCGAUAUUUUACCACGAUACAUGGAGAUGUCAAAGGAGGAAUACUUGAAAAUCUGGAAAGGUUGUCGAGAAGAAUUUAACCAGUACAACGCUUCGACAAAGGUUUACAGAUUCUGGGCGCAAAAGGCAGCCCAGGAUUAA